GCAGCAGCGGUGGCGGCGGCAGAAGAAGAAGAAGAGGCAGCAGCAGCAGCAACAGCAGCAGCAGUGAAUUUAUUAUCGCAGCAGCCAAGGGUAUUGAAGUGAAACGGAGGAAGGAGCGAGAGAAAAGGAUUUACGGAUCCCGACCCAGCAUGGCUACCCAAACGACAGCAUCAUGCACUGGAUCCACUCUGCUGCAGCCCAUCAGCGACAUUAUCAACCUCCCUCUCGAUCAGGUGAAUUUUGUGGCAGGUCAGCUGUUUGCCCUGCUCAUGGCUGUGUGGUUUCGGAUCUACCUCCACCCCAGUAAAACCAGUCCGUUCAUCAGGCAUGUGGUGGCCACUCUACUGGGCUUCUACUUGGCUCUCUUCUGCUUCGGCUGGUAUUCCCUCCACUUCCUGGUGCAGAGUGGUCUGUCCUACAGUGUGAUGGUCUUCGCUGGUCUGGAGCACAUGCACAAGUACUGCUUCAUUGUGACACUCGGCUACCUGAUCUUGUGCCAGAUCACGCGAGUCUACGUGUUCGACUAUGGCAUGUACUCGGCAGAUUUCACGGGGCCCAUGAUGGUUAUAACACAGAAGAUUACCAGCAUGGCAUUCGAAAUACACGAUGGACUGACCAAGCGAGAAGGGCAGCUGACCCCCAAUCAGAAAUACCUAGCAAUCAGUCGAAUGCCCAGCUUGCUGGAGUACCUGAGCUACAACUGUAACUUCAUGGGCAUCCUGGCGGGGCCCACCUGCUCCUACAACGACUACAAGGCCUUCAUCGAGGGCACGAGCUACCAGCCGCGCCACCAGGAGAAUGCUAAUGGCAAGGAGAACGGGAAGUACAAGCAAACCGAACCCUCGUCCAAGAACGACGUCAUCUCCAAGCUGUGCACGUGUGCCAUCUCGCUGGCCAUCUACCUGUCCCUGUGCAAGCUGCUGCCCGUGGAGCGCUCCAUAGACGACGGCUUCAUCAGCUCGACGCCGUUCCAUCUGCAGGUCGUUUACCUUUACCUGGCCAUGCUGGCCCUGAGGCCAAAGUACUACUUUGUUUGGACGCUGGCCGAUGCUAUCAACAACGCCGCCGGAUUUGGCUUCAACGGCUACAACAAAGACGGCUCUCCUCGGUGGGACCUGAUAUCAAAUCUCAGAAUUCUGGACAUUGAGUUUGCCACCAGUUUCAAGAUGUUCCUAGACAACUGGAAUAUCCAAACAGCCCUUUGGCUUAAAAGGGUGUGCUACGAGCGCUGUCCCAUUAACCCCACCGCUGCCACCUUCAUGCUGUCGGCCAUGUGGCACGGGGUCUACCCCGGGUACUAUCUGACCUUCCUCACCGGCAUCGUCAUGACCAUGGCUGCACGUGCAAUAAGACACAACAUCAGACCAUACUUCCUGGUCUCUGACUCACACAAGCGCGUCUAUGAUGUCAUCACAUGGGCAGGGACUCAGGUUGCCAUUAGCUACACAGUGGUGCCAUUCGUCCUACUCGCAGUGGGACCCUCAUUUAAAUUCUACAGGUCUUGUUACUUCUGCUUACACCUCCUGUGUCUGCUCUUGGUACUGGCCUUACCCGUGAGAUCGAGACGCCGGCAGGCCAAAGAGCAGCCGGGCGGCCUACUGAAGGACGGCCUACUGAAGGACGGCCUACUGAAGGACGGCCUACUGAAGGACGGCCUACAGGACAACCAGACAGAACACAACAGCACAGACAACAACUGCAACCAGAAAGCCAAAGCCACAUGAGGCUCCAGACGGCUGGCGCCCAGUCCCUUCAGCAGCAGAAACACUGAGACGAACUAGAAGCCACUGAGGACUGGACUGCGGCGAGUCGGGCUUGCUUGACAAAGAACCAAAUAUCAGACACUCGGAGAAUCCUAACAGACAGAAAAUAUGUCAAUGUCCUGCCGAUACUUCCAGUAGCACGGAUUACAGCAGUCACACUUCUUGACAUGGAAAAGAACAGGGAUGUAACAACGGCCACAGUGUAAACUAAUGAUUGAUAGCAGUUAUUUUACAUUGAGUGGAAUUAAAGACUUCCAAGCUGCCUUAAACCCUCUAUGUACUUGGUGAGAGUGCAGGUGCACCGGUGUGACGCCGCAGGUGGUAGAAGAAGAGUAUGAAGAGUAUGUGGAGGGUUUUUGUCAUUGUCUGGAUACAAGCCUUUGUUAGGUGGAAACAGCAAAUGUGUUUGUGUAAAAGAAACAUAAUUCUUCAUCAUCAGCUGCCAAUUUCAAACAGGCCUUAGGAUCCUCUUAACAUUGUUUGAUUUCUGUGUCUUUUUUUUAAAGGAGAACUUCAUUCACCCUAAGUUUUUAGGUUUAGAUUUUUGUGACGACACUGUUGUUGUUGUUUUUUUUUGUUCUGGCCUUCUGGAAAGUUUUCUCCACCCCCAACAUUGGGAAGUUCUAAAAGUCAUGAAAUGAAUUUCUUUUACCUUUUUUAUAUUAUUCAUAUCUGCUGCUUUUUUGACAAACGUCGCUCAUCAGAUAAAUGUGUGUAUGAAAGGGAGUUUAUUUACCUUGUUGUUACCAAGAAUACUUUUUAAAGGAUUUCUGACUCUGGGUUCAGGGGUGUGACAAAUUUCUUUUUAAAGUGUUUGUAUGUUUCACGCCACAGGUUUCCUCUGUGCUCAAAUGUCUUGCCCGUGUAAUUCUGUAAAACCUCCAAGACUAUUUCAACGACCGUAAAUGUGUCGCUGCUGGACACUUGUACAGUUUAACUCCGCCUCUUGAAUCUGACAAGAAUCUAAUCAGAUUACCACAUAAAUUAUUACAAUCCAACAAAAAAAACAUCUUCCAAAUAGAUGCACAGUACGUGAUAGGCUAUAUACAAUGUGUGCAAUCAAAUAUGCAAUUUGCAUUUGUCUGUGAGGAAAUCUGACGUGGUUAUUUAUGUACGUGACAUUAUAGUGUACAAAAUUCAAAGACCCCAACCAGCCGAUGGCGAGUGGUCUGAUUUCAUAUUGUGUGCUCUUACGUUUGUAGAUUUAGGCGAUGUUUCCGGGGUGCAUUUACUGUAUGGUGUAAGAGACACUGGUUCCUCAUGUUGUUUCAGUCCAUGGCUCACCUUUUUAGUUCCACAUCAUCUGGAUUACGUUUCGCAAAAAAAACACCCCGCUCCCGUGACACUUUACGGCAGUGAUUCCCAAAGACGUGGGUGGUGGUGGUGGGAGAAGGGGAAAAAAAUAAUUGCAGUGCCCCAAGAAAGUUGCAGAGUUGUCCCGACCUUUUUAGUUAAGAUUCAUGUGUAUAUAUUUCAAGUAACGUGUAAAAUGAAGUUGUAAUUCAGUUACCAAACCAUCUCUUGGAAAAGAUUCAUCAAAAACGAUUUUUGGUGUCACAGAUAUGGCGGUAAGUUAGUGCCACAGAGAGGUUGCCAUCUUUCAAAAAGUGGGUCCCCACGUAGAAAGUUUGGGAAACACUGCUUUACUGUGUCAUAAAAAGAACAGUUGUAGGGUUAGUGAAGAAAACAGUCAAAAUGACACCUAUUUACGUAGAGCAGUAAAUAAUCUGGGGGAGAUUCCAUACAGUAUCAUAAACACUUUUGAAAUUGUGCAUAUUUCUUUUCUAAAAAAAAAAAAACCUUGUCAG